AUUAUUAUAGUCUCAAGUUUGUUUGUUCCUUGGAAAGAAGAAAGUUAAAUAAAAAAUGGAGUCAGAGGCAGAAACUAGUAAAACUAAACCUCUUUCGAAGGAAGAGACGAAAGGGCUGCUCUCCUUAAUUGAGGGGAGCAAGAUAUUGUAUAACAAGAAGACCAAUGCCACCAGUAAUAAAAUGAAGAUAGAAGAAUGGACACGGAUUGCAGGGGUCUUCAAUGCAAAUAUAGGCACCUGUCGCCGUACACCACAACAACUGCGUCUUAAGUGGGAAAACUUGAAAAAGAAUUCGCGAAAGCGCAUUGGUCUCAUGCGGAUGGAACGGAUAAAGACUGGAGGUGGGCCACCAGGGUACUUUCCUCCAGAUGAGAUCCUGGACAGGGUAGCAGCAUUACUGGGCAGCACUGGAGAGGGUCUCACAGUGAGGUUUGGUGGUGAUGCUGAGCCCCAACUUAUUGGUGAUAGUGAUGGUGAUGGGAGUGUUGGGACAGCUUAUAUUGUGCCAGCUGAUCAUCCAAUGCUAUUGAUUGACACUCCAUUGCCUGUGGAAAAUCCUACGCCGUCCAUGGAUUAUACAUCUGUGUCCAUGGGCAAUGAAGUGCCAGCCAAUGGCAUUGGGGAUGAGUUGGUGUCGCUGGGUACGCCCAAUAUCCAUUCCAUUGAAAAAAGGAAUUUCAAAACUAGUGGUAAUAUCCUAUUACAUAAUAAUAAUGUGAUACUUUGCAUGUUUGUUACACAAUAAUGCUUUAUUGGCUCAACCAAUAUGGAUAAAAUUUUGGCACACAGGUAGACUAUGACCUGGAACAUAUAUGUUAGGUACCUACAUGAAGAUUGUGAAGAUGAAUAAACAUUAAAGUUUGUGAGGAUGGAUAUUUGAUACUUUUCCAUGCAAAAACUACUAAAAGAAUUUUGAUGAAAUUUUAAACAUUAUGUUUUCCUAUAUUUAAUGCAUUUUUGUUUUACAGGUGGUGUUAAGCGGAAGCUACUGAAGCCAGACAACGGGUGUCAAGCUCGAAACAAGGCAUUGGCAGAGUAUUAUAACAUUAAAAAACAAAUGUUAGAAACUAAAAUGAGAGAGAAGAAUGAAACUUUAUUAUUACAGAAU